UACUGCAUCAUUGAGAAAAUUACCUGAGCAACAAACAAACAGCACAUGAUCCGGAGAGAGAGAGAGACCCUGAAGCCGCGAAUACCGCUACGUAUGGCAAUAUAAAAGAGGCGGCCGAUAGAGAGAGAGAGAGAGAGAGAGCUUAACCUAGGUCAAAAUCUCUCUUCUUCCACAAACCUAAUUCUCUAGAUUUCCACAACCCAAUUCUACUCCCUUCCCCUUUCUUUCUUUACCACUUCAAUCCACCCAAAAUCACUCUUUUCAGCCUCUCCUCCUCAACAAUGGAGGGAACUUCAGGCGGCGGCGGCGGUGGAGGAGGAGGAGGCAAUGAUGUGGAGCUUCUCUCCAAAACGUUACAGGUCGAACACAAGCUCUUCUACUUCGAUUUGAAGGAGAAUCCUCGCGGCCGUUAUCUCAAGAUAUCCGAGAAGACCUCUUCCACCAGGUCCACCAUUAUAGUCCCCUCCAAUGGAAUCUCAUGGUUUUUGGAUCUCUUCAAUUAUUACGUCAGCUCUGAAGACCAAGAGAUCUUCAGCAAGGAACUUCAGCUAGAUACUAAGGUCUUUUACUUUGACAUAGGGGAAAAUAGAAGAGGUCGCUUUCUCAAGAUUUCUGAAGCUUCAGUUAGCAGAAGCCGCAGCACCAUCAUUGUUCCUGCUGGUAGUGUUUGUGACGAAGGGUGGGUAGCUUUCAGGAAAAUCUUAGCUGAGAUAAAUGAAGCAUCAGGACUCUUCGUCUUGCCAUCAAAUCAGCAAAACUCUGAAGGCAGCGGCUCAGAACAUUUGGUUGGACUCUCAGAUGAUGUAGGGGCUGGCUUUAUUUCUGGGAACAGCUCACAACCUCCAUCAGUAGCAGCAGCAACAGCAACAGCAACAACAGCAACUGAUCAAUCAGUUGAUUUACCUCCAUCUGAUGAAAUUGGUAACUUAGCUGUCUCAAAAGUGAUAAGGGCUGAUCAAAAGAGAUUCUUCUUUGAUCUUGGAAACAACAACAGGGGUCACUUCUUAAAAAUUUCUGAGGUGGCAGGUUCCGAUAGAUCCUCCAUCAUUCUUCCUCUGUCGGGGCUAAAGCAGUUCCAUGAGAUGGUUGGUCAUUUUGUGGAGAUAACCAAGGAUCGAAUUGAAGGAAUGACUGGUGCUAAUGUUCGGACAGUUGAAUCGACUCAGAGAUGAAUAUUAUUAUUAUUAAUGGUAAAGUGUGAGGAGGAUGUAUUGAUUUAUCUUAAUAUCUCAUUUGGCAGCCAAAAAUAAUGUGGAUUUUUAGCAUAUGAUUGUGGGGGGUAAGGAAAGGAAAGGAGGGAAAAAGGGGGGUCAUAAGGAGUUGUUUCCAAGCAUAAAAUUUCAAAUUGGGAAUAAUUAUUAAGAAAUAAACAACUACAGUAAGGUGUGUUGUUGGGUUGUAGAUUUGUUUGCUUCAGAAAACUAUUUCAAAAAUAAUUAUGUUUUUCUAUUU